AUGAGUGACUUCAAAGAGGAUAAGAAAGGAGUCAAUAUUGAGAUCGCUAGUGCCUCAGAUUUAGAUUCUUUGAAAUUUUCUGAUGAAGAUGAAAUUGAAGCGGAAAAGAUUUUUGGUCAUGAUAAAAGUUUAGCAAAAUCAUUGAAUUCAAGACUAUUAAACACCGUGGCACUAGUUGGAACUAUAGGAACUGGGCUCUUUUUGAGUAGCGGUGGAACUUUAGCUACUACUGGACCUGUUGGUUUAGUUAUUGCAUAUUUAUUUGUUGGUCUGGUAGUUGGAGCUAAUCAAAUCUGUGCUUGUGAGGUUUCUUGUCUAGUACCAGUUACUGGAGGCUAUAUUGCUCAUUCUAAUUAUCUAGUGGAUCCGGCAUUAUCAUUUAUGUUGGGUUGGAUAAGUGUUUAUUCAAGUAUUUUACCAACUGAUUUAUCAGCAAGCGCUGUUUUAAUGACUUACUGGUCAGAUUUAAAUCCAGCUGUCUGGAUUACAGUAUUCGGAAUUGUCACACUUCUAGUUAAUCUAUUCAGUGUUAGAGUCUAUACUGAAUUUGAGUUCAUUUUUGGUAUCUUGAAAUUACUUUUAUGUAUUAUCUUUAUUAUUACUGGUCUUGUAAUUGAUUUGGGUGGAGUUCCAGGGCAAGAGAGGCUAGGAUUUCAUUACUGGAAGACUCCUUUUGAAUCUAGAUAUGUUGAAGGUUCAGUUGGUAAAUUUUUAGCCUUUUGGAAAUCAGUUAGUUCAACAGUUUAUGCAUUUGGUGGCUUGCAGACAAUCUCAUUCUUGGCAGGUGAGUGUGAAUAUCCAAGAAGAGCAAUUUAUAGGGCAUCUAAAAGAAUAUUCUAUCGUGUAUUCACGUUGUACAUUUUAACUAUCUUCAUAAUAUCGUUAGUUGCAAAUUCAAGAGAUCCAUUGAUUGCAAACCCUGAUGGUACAGCUGCUGGUUCAGCUUUUGUUAUUGCUGUACAACGAGCAGGUAUCAAAGGACUUCCUCAUUUUAUCAAUGCUGUUGUUUUAACGUCUCUGAUUUCUGCAACCAACUUAGGGCCAGCUGAAACUGGUAGAAUUAUGUGGUCACUUGCUAGUAAAGGUUUUGCUCCAAAAUUUUUCCUUAAAACUAAUCGGUUUGGAUUGCCAUGGGUUGGUAUAACAUUUGCUUCAAUGUUCUUACCCUUAGCUUAUAUGAGUGUUGACAAGACUGCCUCGACUGUUUUCGGCUGGUUUCAAAAUAUCACAUCCUCGAAAUUAUUAGUGACUUGGUGUAUAAUCUCAAUCAAUUCUAUUAAGUUGAAUUCUAGCCUCAAAAGUCAAGGGUUCUCAAGGUCUUAA